UGGCAGCAUCAAGCACCUUGUACUAGAUGGGGGAGGAAAAAAAAAAAAAGCAGCAUCAUAAAAUCAAAAUUCGAGCUAAAAAUGUAUGCUAAUUUAACACGAAGCAAUUGCAUGCACAAAUGAAAUGGUACAAAUCCUUGUUUGUUUCAUGGAAGAUGAAGAAUGCUGUAAAAUAAAAUGGAGCUGUAGUACUGGGGGAAAAAAAAAAAGCCUGUCUCCAUCACUGAGAGGCGCGUCCACCUGCUGAUAUUGGAGGGUUCAGGGCAGAAACCAUGGAGAAGUGGCUGCACUGAGGGGAAAGACGAGUACGGUAUUAGGAGGUGGGCAUUACGGGUGACAGAAAAAGGGCGCAGUUUGGGUGCAUUCGGAGGUUGUAUAGAGGUAAUGAUGCAUGGAAGGAGAGACAGAACCAGGCAAUAUUAAUGGAUGUUCUACAAGAUAACAGCUCCUCUGCACAGGAACGAAGCCCUGCUCAGAUUAAUGGGGAGAAUGAAGAUGGAUCAUAUGACCAGAGGGAUGAUGUGAAGCCAUGUGCUGCUGCAUAUGCUGCAGUUACAUUUUCAUCCUCGGCUCCAGCAACGACUGACAGCACACAGAAAGAAAACGAAGAGUGUCAGCGGGUUGUGCCUCCGUUGACUUCAAAGGAGCCCUGUAUCCUGAGCCCUCCGUCUCCUCUGAGGCUCACAGAGGUACCUGAUCACACUUCAGAUGACUCUUCCACACAUGCCACCUCCCUCAUAUCCUGCGUUACCAAGGGGGUGAGCCCCUGGUCCCUGCCAGAGGAUUGCGACCGAACCCCGUUCACCAUCAUGGAGCCAGGUGGUAUAUCGGCUCUGACUGGCGACUGCUUGAUGCCGCAGAGCCGCACCUGCCUGGGUUGCUUUAUAGAAUCUAAAGACAGUGUCGACGCUGAGCCAGGAAUCAGCCUGAAAAUGGGGGAUAUAAACAGGGAUUAUGAUACCUGCUCCAUCUCAGAUAUAGGGAUUCAUUGCAUGAGCACAGGAGAGAGUGCAAGAUAUGGGGAUCAACUGCUUUCUGAUCAGCUCCUAAGCUUCCCACUGCAUAAAUCAAGGACUGCAGACAAAAGAGACGUGGAGAAAUCUGACAGUGAUUCAGAAGACCCGACUCCAAAAAAUGAUUACGAGGGAUUACUGUUAGACAAAUGCAACGGGGAUGAGGCUCUGCUAUCAAAUCCCAAUCAGGAUUGGGGCUAUUUUGAGUCCUUUAUUAGUGAAAGUAAAAUCGAACUGCUUGACCUAUGCUCCAAAAAUGAGCUCUCUGUAAACCUUUUUUCCGAGGAGGAUGUGGACAAUUACAUGUUCGAUGAUGACGACUCCACCCUCAGCAGUGACGUGUGCUCUUUAAAGAUCCGCUACGAAUCCUUCCAGGAUAACUUGAGGGAAAAGACCAACACCCUGCAAGAGGAGACUCAGUUUAACUUCUUCCCCAGUGUCCUUGUCAACUGCACGAAAAAGGAAAACGGCCCAGUCAAGAAGAACGCAGACUCUCAGUUUAAAGCUGGCGAGAUAAGCCUUUGGGAUAGCGAAGACAAAGCUGAUACAAACAAAAGCUGUAACCCUGGUGGUACAGUGCCGUACUUACCCGCUAAAAGAAACCAUUUCUUUGACUCCAACAAUUCUGCUGAAGAUUCAGGGGAAUACAGCGACGACGACAGUUCGUGCACGGGAUCUUCUUACGACACUUUCAGGGAAGCUAAGGAGUGCAGUAGGUUUUUAUCCAGAGAGAACUCCAGUUCAUCCAGCCAGCUAAACUACGGAUUAAGAGCCAAACGAAAAGUGAGAUACAGUGACGACUACCUGUAUGAUGUGGAUUCUAUUGAGAGCGAAAAGAAUGCAGAGAAAAAAGAGCUGCAGCCAUACGGCCCUAAAGAGGAAGAUGAUGACGACUGGUGCCCAAAGAAGAGGCGAAAAUCCUCUCGGAAAGAAGCCCCAGUUAUCAUUAAGUAUAUAAUCAUCAACCGCUUCAAAGGAGAGAAGCACAUGCUGGUAAAACUAGGCAAAGUUGAUCCCACUAACACAACAGUUAGCUUAAACGAUGACCUACUGAACAAAUAUGAAAAAAUGGCUCCCUUAAAAGACUAUUGGGAAAAACAGCAGAGCAACAGGAACGGUCUGGCUAUUGGAGAUAAACAGCAUUUUCAUAGGAAUGGUUCAGAUCCGUCGUUUAGGCCUAGCCCUCCGAAAAGAAAAUAUAAGAUUGCAAACAGACAUAGGAUUCAAAGAAUUCAAACUGUGGAGCAAAUGCCAAACAAGCAGGGCUCUUCUUCUGAUCACAAGCAGGAAAGCCACACUACAGAUGAUGCAGCCCUUCUGGGCAUGCCAUUAACAAUAGCAACCCCCAGCUGUGCAAACAGAUUAGACUCGAAUGACAUAACACACACUGGCUCAGAAAAGAGCAGAUCACAAGAAAGCGAAGAUAAGGGAAUUGAAACAAAAAUUGUCAGAAUAAAAAAAUUCAAAAGUGAAGCCAGAUUGAGGAGCAAAAGAAUGAAAGCCAUGCAAGAGGAUAGCAAAAGCAUAACAAACCUAACAGCGAUUUGCCCUGCUUUAGAAAACCAGGACUCUGUAGGCAUGAAUGAUGUUACUAUUCACUGUGCUGCUAGCAGUCCUCAUUUAUCUGAAAGCUACAGUACUGAUGCUGAUGCUGAAAAAUCUACUUUUUUACCAGCCACCACCUGCUCAUCUGACAAGCCUGUACCAUCUGCUGACAUUGCUACAAGUGUACCAGUUGUCCCUGGAGGCUAUCUGCAGACGUUGCUGGAUGCAUCUGAUUCAUCAAAUAAUACAGGGAUCUCUUACUUCUCCCAACAUCCCUCUGAGCAGCAUCCUGUCAGUGUUUCCCACACGGAAAAGCAGUUCACUUCUCUGCAACUCGCACAGAGUUGUGUGCUCUCCCCACCCUCCGAGUCAGAGCUUCAGCAGUCGCCCCACCACCUUGAGAUUGAGCAGAACUUUCCUCCCAUGUGGCACAGCGAGCCCAGCAACAGCCAGCCUUCAUUUACAUCCAAUAUCCCAGAAACUGCUCUGCUAUCAAGCAAUUUCGGGGUGUCUGCUCAAAUGACAGAUGACAUGUCUGGAUAUGGCCAGCUAAACCUGAACAGCAACAGACUGCCGUAUCAGAAGAAUUACUUGCAUGUGCACCCCUUGCAGGCUGACACUGAUUAUCAGGCAUGCCAGGUACAGUGUGGAGAGGGACAUUUUCAGUUUCAGCAAGACACACUAAGUACAGAUGAUGGCAGACUCGCCAGUUUUGAUUCAGUGGGUUCAUUGUCAGCUACUUCUAGCAAUUAUAGCUCUUUAAGUUUAAAGUCCUGCGAGAAGGAUGGUGAAGAUGACAUGAAUGAUAACUUCUUAGCCCACUGCAGUCCCAAAUUGGUGAUCCAGCAAAGCAUUGAUGAGAUUAUCCCCCUGAAGGAGUCAACAGACUUGCUGGACAUUUCAAACUUCACUCCUGAUAAGUUCAGACAUUCAUCCCUGUCGGAGAUGUCACCUCCUGACACGCCAAAUUUGUCUCCUCAAGUUACAGGGCCAGAAAUGAAGUCCAUGGGGAAGGCUAAAGACUUCCAGGAUUCCACUGAAGCCAUUCUGGGCAGCUCUCAGGAUGUGAACUGGAACUGUAAUGUCCUUCAACAGCAGGAACAUCACAAUAGCCCAUUCAUGGUUAACGGUCAUAGAUUUCAGUUCCACAUGUUCAAUGAUGAUGAUACGGUUGGUCUGGUUGAGAAAUCCCCCUGCCUGGAAACCUUUGACAAGCAACUACAUGAAAUCAGCACCAGCAGUGCAAAAACUUCAAAAGCAAAAAAGAAAUCAACCCCCAAGCAGGCUGGGACUGAUCAGAAGAGCGCAAAGAAAGCCAGAAGCCCAAAAGGCAGCAAAACAUCAGAGAAAAGUAAAACUCCUCGACAAGGGUCCAGAUCAAAGAAAGGGAAAAAUGGCACAGAGGAAAAGAAUGUUAAGGCCCAGGCUGGGGAUUGCAAGACGGCACUGAAAGAUCCCAUCACAAUUCACAACCCUGGCAACUUUGUGCUUUCUAAUGACUGGUCAUUAGGUAAAGACGCCAACAUGAGCUGGUCUGAUCCUAGCAUAGCACAGAAUGCGAAUCUCCUUGACGAUGAUCAGCGAGAGUUUGAAGAGCCCUCAAACAUCCUGUCCAACAUCGCUUCUGGAAUGGCUGAGGUCCAGCGGUUCAUGAUGGCCUCUAUCGAGCCAUUGUGGAGCCCUGCAGCGAGUGUGUGCCAACCCCCGGAAGCCAACAGCCUCAAAUUGAAAACCCUCAAAAUCCUUGCCAGCACCCCAGCAGAGUCCAAAAGGAAAGGGAGCAGCAGCAGCGUUUCCCCUGGGGUGAUAAAGAGCCGGAAGUCAUCCACCAAGAGCACAUGCAGCAAAACCCAAGUGAAAUUAAAUAUUUCCAGCCCCCCACUGCCCAGCAUUGCACUGGAUUGUAACGGAGGUAUGUCGCCAAGGUGUGUCUUUGAUAAAAGCAUUACUAAUCUAAGUACUUCAGGCAAUAAUGGCCCGCCGCAUAAAAAGAUGUAUCGUCAUAAAACAAGCGCAAAAUUUCCAAGGGAUGAAAACAGUAAGGGAAAACGAACAGAACGCGAGCAGAAUAAAGACUUAUCAGUGAUGGCCUCUUUAGAAAAACUGAGCUUCUUAAACUGAAACCGGGGGGGUAAAUCGAGAUGUGUGAUGCAGCAUUGAUCUGCCUGCAGCACAUACUGUGGGUGGCCUUUUUGACUCCUGCCUCCUGAGAACUGAAUGUACUACUCCAAUGUGAACUUCUAUUAAAAAAAACAAAAAAACAAACUUAAUAAAUAGAGGUACCACUGUUGAGGUGCUGCUAAUUAAUGAUGCUAAAGAAAACCACUUCUACCAGAGGAAAAAAACAAAAAAAAGAACACAGCUUGUGCCCUUUUUAAGAAUGUACGAUAAGUUUUAUGUUUGAUGUACUUUGGUUUUGACAUUCAUUGGAAGUACAUUUUGCCUUGUUUCUUCUUUUCUUUAAAAUUAAGCUUUAUAAAUAUCUUGUUCCUAGAGGGAUUCUUGAUUAAGGAACACUUAAAUGACAUCUUGCAAAAUCUUGUAUAUUUUUCAGUGUGCCAAUUUGUAAGAUAUUUUGUAAGUGUAUAUUUUUCUUAGAAAGUGCUGUGAAGUUUUGUGUGUGUGUGUGUGUGUGUGUGUGUGUGUGUGUGUGUGUGUGUGGGGGUACCCUUUUUUGCGCCUCAGGGUGUUUAUAAAAGGAUACAUAAUAACAAGUUUCUGGUUUUAAAAACCAAAAUACAAACGGAGAGGGAAAAAAAUCAAUUGAAAAUCUUUUUGUCUGAAAUUUUGUAAUAAGACCAAUCUUGUGAGAGUGUAGU